AUGACGCUGAAUUCAGCCACCUCCCGUUCAAAACCAGCCGUGUCGGAAGUCGCCAUCACAUCGAGGUGGUGCAAUAGGGCGCUGCGCCCUUUAACCUCCACUAUAUUGCGUCUGGAAAAGCAUUGGAAGAUAACGCGCAUGGGGGUUCCAACGCUGAACCAUACCACUGCGUUUGAGUUAAGCCAGGAAAGCCGUACGGCGGCACAAACGGAGCGACUAGCUCCCGAGUCCGAGUCCGAAUCCACGCCCGAUGAUCCAACUUGGGUUCCGGGUGGUGCUGUGCGCAAGCGUAUUAAGCAUAAAUAUUCUGCUCGUACUGCUAGCAGGUCAAGGGUCGUUGUGAAGAGCCCGGAGACUCAGAAGCUUCAACCGGGGGAGUUUUCCAUACCCACGCCGCUUAUCCACGAGAAAAAAAGACACCAUCGAGAAGCCCAGGAGCCAAAUGGAGUCGCCGGUGGGAAUGCGACGAUUGCAAACUCCAACGAAGACUCGUCGCUUGAAAAUUCCCGUCCGGGCCCUGUGAGGCGGAGAUUAUCUGCUUACGGAUGGAAUAGCCGGAAGACUUGGACGGACGCAUGUAAUGAAUAUAACGAGCCGUCGUAUGUUGCCAUCGCGCAGGGGAUUUUUCAAAUUUGGGAUACAUUUCUUACAAUGACAGCUGCGGAAAAAAGUGCGAGUGUUGGAGCAAGAUCGCUUAUGCAUAUGGCUCUGGGUGCAACUUCCACGUACAUUGCGAGGGAACAAGAGGCUGUGGAUAAUCGCGAGGACAAGGACGAAAAGAUCGACAUCGCCAAUGUUAUUUUCACAGAGCUAGAAAGUAUGUACGGUACAUCUAAUACUGGGUGGAAACCACUCAAAUCACUCGUUCGUCUCCAUGGGAUUCGUUUGGUCUGUGACGCGAUUCGGAAGAGGUGGAUAUCUCCGAUGAUAGCUCGUCAGCUAGCAUUAAAUUCGAUCGAUUCGUCUUCGUACGAUGCUGCACAAGAAAUAAUAUCUGCUUUGCUCUCUGUUACCAUGAGGGUCGAAGAUCCCAGGCAUCUGGAUUGCUCUUUAUUUUCGGCCAGAAAUUUUGGUGUAUUCCAUACGCUAGCUGCAUAUGUGAACAAAGCGAGUCAUCUAAGCUUCUUUUUUCGCACGGUUGGGUCUUUAUUGAGGUGCGGUAUUGUCCCAGUUGAAUGGAUAGCUACGGAGUCCAUGAAGCCAUUCGUGACUCAUGCUAUUCGGUCGAUAUCAUGCGAAGAUCACGAUUGUUCCGCGUCUGUUUCGUUUAUUGUGAAUAUGGCCCUUGCAGCUUCUGGAUCGCAUACUUACUGCGCCAUGCCAGCUUCCAACUCAAUCGCUAUCACGGAUAAAUUACAAGAAUGCGAUGAAGAGAGGUGGAAAUUACAUUCCGCACAUUGCGACUUUUUGGAAACUUCACAAGCGAGAACAAAUGAACAUUUAGAAACUGCUUUGAACAACAGCAUAUCAAGUAUUUUAGGUAUUCUCUGCAGUGCAUACAUCGUUCGUUGUUCAAGCCGGCCACCUGCUACACCAUCCAGUGCAUCUUCAAUUCAACACAUAUUGGCUAGGCUUUCAGACAUAGUGCAGCGUGAUAUCGAGGGCACGUCCUUCCAUGUAACCCAAGAUCGCUCAAGAUCAGAGCUGUUACGAAUGGGGCAUAUUCUGAUGGCAGAUUUUAUUAUCACAUCCAACAACGUGCAACCCCGGACCAACCAGCAGGCUGUUGAUCCUCCAGCGACAAGGCUUUUAAGUACUUUUGAAUAUUUUACUCGUACAUUAAGAAGCCGAAAGGACCUCACAGCUAGCCUAUCGGCCUUUGUGACCCACAUAUCACACUGCUGCGGCCAAGUACUGAGUGAAGAUGGAUUCACUCACCUAAAAAUUUUGACGGAUGCGCUCACAGGGGACAAGCUACAACCGUACACUACGCUUAGAGCGCUUCUAGGAAAAGUAGCAGUGGACGCGGCACUUAAUUUUGCUGAAUCUACUCUUCAUCCCGAUCACCAUUCUUGGGCUGCCCAUAUACAGACCAGAGUAACGAGCUAUUCUAAUGGGCCUUCAGGGCAGGACGAAAUCUUCUCUUUAACGCCGUCUUUAGCUCUGUCCAAAACCGGUUACAUAUGGGAAGAAAGCAUUGGAGAAUGGAUUACUGCGGGUCGUCCCAAUGGAGCACGAAGGAGCUUUCGAACAUAUCAAGACCAGAUGAGCUCCCUUCCAGAUCCACUAGCUGAGCUCCCAGAUAUAAAUGACUCAGAUGAUGCGAGAGCAUCCAGAAGCUCUAGUACAUUUUCGGCCUGUUCAGAGCGGUAUAGUUCGAGCAUUACUUCGUCAGACAUUACCUCUCCAUUGUGGUCUCGGAAAAGGAAGCGUGUUGUCAAUCCCCCAAACUUGGAUUCGAGAAAACACACUAGGAUAUCAUAUCCUUUGUCACCAAGUGCACCUCGUCGCCGACUACCGUCCAGGAAAGCCCGUUCUUGGAAUUUUUGCAUCGAUGAGCGUGAUACAAACGACUCCGAACCGCUGACGUUUGGCCGAUUCACGCGGUCGAACAUAACGAAAACCCGUGAUGUCACUGAACUAAAUAUGACGAAGGCAAGGCUAUCACAUCAAAGGACGGAAAUCGAUCGUUCUUUUACCAACCGUGUCCCUGUUGUUGAAGUUAGACUUCGAAAGCCACCUUAUCGACACAACACGGUCGAAGUAGUUAUCAUUCAUAACAGGAAUAAAUACUCGAAUACGAAAUCUAGCGAGUCUGCAAUUCAAGAUGAUGUGAUAUCAGAGUCUGAUUACAGUGAAUCUGUCAAUGAUGAUUACUGUAGAGAUCACCAUGAUGACAACGACGGUGAUGACGAAGAUAUCCUUGCCAGAGCAUUACCUCCCCGUUACCUUUUGCGACACAAGCGCACGUGUACAACUAGGGCGAGCGAAGAAGUGCGGCCCCGCACUACGGCCGUAACUCGACUUCGGACAACAAGGUCUUCUACCUCAUUACGAAAACAGUCCAUCUCGCGAGCAGUAAAUUAUGAUAUUGUUGGCUCGAGUGACGAUGAAUUGAGUUUCCUUUGA